AUGACUCGCACUUCUGUUCUAGCUGACGCUCUAAAUGCGAUCAACAACGCUGAGAAGACCGGCAAGCGCCAGGUGCUCAUCAGACCUUCUUCCAAGGUGAUCAUCAAGUUCUUGCAGGUCAUGCAAAAGCACGGUUACAUUGGAGAGUUUGAAUACAUUGACGACCACAGAUCUGGCAAGAUCGUUGUUCAGUUGACCGGCAGAUUGAACAAGUGCGGUGUCAUUUCUCCAAGAUUCAACGUCAAGAUCAAUGACGUCGAGAAGUGGACCGCCAACUUGUUGCCAGCCAGACAGUUUGGUUACGUCAUUCUAACGACAUCUGCCGGUAUCAUGGACCAUGAGGAGGCCCACAGAAAGCAUGUUGCUGGUAAGAUCCUGGGCUUUGUUUACUAA